UAUACAGACGCGCAGGCAGCGGAGGUCUGGCGAUUCGGAAUAACCUCUUGGGACUGCAUUUGCAACGGGGAGAAGAGCCAAAAGGCCAGGAAAGCCUUUCUUGAUCAUCACAGUUACGUCCGCAAAGUGGUGCCGCCAGAGAGGUUGCUGGAGUUACAUCCCCAGGAUGGGUGGAAACCCCUCUGUCGUUUUUCGAACCCUUCUGAGCUGAGGAGCUCUUACCCCGUGACAAAUGACACGUGGACAUGA